AUGUUCAGGCAAGUCAUCACUGUUGCCGCUUUAUUAGCAGCUGCGGUCGCCCUGCCACUUACCGAAAACUCCGGUUCCUCGUCGGCUCAUACUAGAGAUACGAAUGUGGUGUUGGAAGUUGAAAGCCAUGUACUUCCAUGCGUUACCGAUUCAACUCUCAACUGCCCAAAGCAGUCACAGAAGAUCAAAGGAGACGUAGACGAUGGCAAAACCAAGGGGAUAAUUUUGCGCAACGACGACAGUGAGGCUCGCAGCUUCUUUUUCUACAGGAAUAGUUGCGAAUGCGUGCCACUUAAGCACAUUACGAUUCCUGCUAAGGACAAGGCUUUCGUUGCCCUUGCCGACGACUUUCAAGGUCGAGUGAUGCGAGGCACCGAGGCCAACAACCUCGACGGCGCUUCUCACAUCUUGGGGACAUGGAUGGAAUUGACGAAUGUGGCCGCAACCGGCCAAGGCUGGGCCGACGUGUCUCUAAUAAAGGGGUGCGACGGCGCCGUGAGCGUCAAGUCUUUGGAUGGCAGCGAAGUGAAGACAGGGUUUUCAGAAUGGCUCUUGGAUGAUGCUCCCGCAAGUGCCUACAUGCUAAAGAGUGGUGGAGCCAAAGUAAUCAAACACACCGAGGAGCUAACGAAUAUCAACAUCCUAGCGGCUCCCAGAGACUACCUUGCCAGCAAGAUUGGCUACAACAAAGCAUACCUCGAUGAUCACUAUGCUGAGCGGAAUAUGGGAGAGCCGGUAAUUAUGUCGGCAAAUGCGCGAUUCGAUAUCACUUUCUAUAAGGGGCGUCCCUGA